UCCCUUAGUUGGUAUGGCGGCCGCGGCCUGGUUCCCGAAUCUGGGACCAGAUGUACCCUACAGUAAAACUGCAGAUGUCCUUUCAGAAUGUUUUUCUCCACCGCUCUUCCUUUAUUGCUUUACAGUUCGAUAAACGUUAGCUACCAUCCAAGUCCGGAUAUGUACGACGUUCGGAUUGCUCUCUGACGAGUCCACAGUUCUGGUCCCGCCCCAUCCUUUGCGCAUGCGGCGGGACAUCUUGCCGAUUGGUUAAAGAGUGAACACGGCUGGGCACGAGGAAUGGUCGGUGGAAAAUCCCAAGGUUGUGAUUGGACCAUAGGAACGUCUCAGAGCGCGCGCGGGAGCGAGCUUUGAAAGUUGACCACCGAAGAGCGAGCCGGUGUCCCCGCGGUCAUGGUGGCACUACCGGCGCUCGCGAGCGGCCUGCAGCCCUGGUGCCCGUUGGAUCUCAGCCCGGAAUGGGUAGGCAUGGUAUGGGAAAUGGACUUCACAGAGACUGAACCUUUGGAUCCCAGUAUAGAAGCAGAGAUCAUAGAGACUGGAUUGGAUGCAUUCACAAAACUCUAUGAAAGUCUUUUCCCCUUUGCUACUGAAGAACAUGGAUCUACAGAGAGCAUUUGGACCUUCUUCAAUGAGAACAAUAUUUCCCACAGUGCACUGGUGGCAUUGUUCUAUCACUUUGUUCAAACAGUACAUAAGAAAAACGUCAGUGUGUGGUAUCGAGAAUACGGCCUUCAUGCCGCUGGGCUUUAUUUUCUGCUACUAGAAGUACCAGGCAGUGUAGCCAAUCAAAUAUUCCAUCCAGUGAUGUUUGACAAAUGUAUACAGAUUCUAAAGAAGAGCUGGCCUCAGAAAUCUAACUUGAAUCGGAAAAGAAAGAAAGAACAUCCUAAAAACCAUCAGGCUAAGGCAAGAGGUAAUAGAAAAAGAGGAAAGCCACCCCGGAAAGAGGAUAUUGAGAUGGAUGAAAUUAUAGAAGAACAAGAAAUUGAAGAGAGUUUUUCUUUUUCUGCCCGGGAUCUUUGUCAAAUUAGAGAUGCCAUCUUUCACCUUUUGAAGAAUUUUUUAAGGCUUCUGCCUAAGUUUUCUCUGAAAGAAAAACCACAGUGUGUACAAAAUUGUAUAGAAGUCUUUGUUGCAUUAACUAAUUUGGAACCAGUUCUUCAUAAUUUUCAUGUUACACAAACCAGAAACCUUAAUCAAGCAAAAUACAUACCAGAACUGGCCUAUCAUGGAUUGUAUUUGCUAUGUUCCCCAAUUCAUGGAGAAGGAGAUAAGGUUAUCAGUUAUGUUUUCCAUCAAUUGCUGAAUGUAAUAUUAAUGUUAGAAGUAGGGGAAGGAGCCCAUCGUGCCCCACUUACUAUUACUUCACCAGUCAUCAACAGUAGAAACCAUGCGGUCCAGUUUAUCAGCUCACUUGUGGAUGAACUAAAGGAAAGUGUAUUCACAGUCCUUCGUAUCUUACUGCAGCACAUCUGUGCCAAGGUGAUAGAUAAAUCCGAGUAUCGGACCUAUGCGGCACAGGCCCUCGUCCAGCUGCUCAGCAAACUUCCUUGUGGGGAAUAUUCUACAUUCAUUGCCUGGCUCUACAGAUAUUCACGGAGUUCUAAGAUCCCACACAGGGUUUUUACUCUUGAUGUUACCUUAGCUCUGUUGGAACUGCCUGAAAGAGAGGUGGAUAGCACGCUCUCCUUGGAGCAUCAGAAGCUCUUAAAGCAUAAGUUCUUGGUGCAGGAAAUUAUGUUUGGCCGUUGUUUAGACAAGGCACCGACUGUCCGCAGCAAAGCAUUGUCCAGUUUUGCACAUUGCCUGGAGCUGUCUCUUACCACUGCAUCUGAGAGCAUACUAGAACUUCUGAUGAACAGUCCUACAGUUUCAGAAAUAGAGAGCCACCCUGGUACAUUACUGAGAAAUUCAUCAGCUUUUUCCUGUCAGAGGCAGACACUUAACCCUUCUGGAGGCUCAGGGGUAGUCAAUACAGACAACAGUAGUGAAACCGUUGGAUCUGGGGCAGAAAGAUGUGUCAUGGCAAUGCUGAGAAAGAGAAUCUGUGAUGAGAAGACCAAUGUUAGGAAGUCGGCACUUCAGGUUUUAGUGAGUGUUUUGAAACACUGUGACAUCUCAGGCAUGGAGGAAGAGCUAUUGAUCCUGCAGGACCAGUGUCGGGACCCAGCAGUAUCUGUCCGGAAGCAGGCCUUACAGUCUCUUACUGAACUUCUUCUGGCCCAACCUAGAUGUGUCCAGGUACAGAAAGCCUGGCUGAUGGGGAUUGUCCCCAUUGUGAUGGACUGUGAGAGCACCGUGCAGGAGAAGGCCCUGGAAUGCCUUGACCAGCUCCUGCUACAGAACAUGAAGCAUUACAGUAAAUUUCAGAGUGGGGAUGACAGCCAGGUGCUGGCAUGGGCACUUCUUGCUCUCCUCAGCACAGAAAGCCAGGACCUGAGCCGCUAUUUAAGUAAGGCUUUUCACAUCUGGUCCAAGAAAGACAAAUUCUCAUCUACUUUCAUAAACAACGUGAUAUCCCACACCGACACCGAACACUCUGUGCCAGCCUGGAUGCUGCUCUCCAAGAUUGCUUGCUCAUCACCCAAGCUGGACUACACCAGAGUAAUCGAGUCCUGGGAGAAAAUGAGCAGUCAACAGAAUCCCAGUUCAAACACCUUAGGACAUAUUCUGCGUGUUAUCGGGCAUAUUGCAAAGCACCUUCCUAAGAGCACCCGGAGCAGAGUGACGGAUGUUGUCAAGUGUAAGCUGAACGGAUUCCAGUGGUCUCUAGAGUUGAUCAGCGUAGCUGUUGAUACCUUGCAAAGACUCUGUAAAGCAUCUGCAGAGACACCUAUUGAGGAACAGGAAUCACUGAGGCAGGUGUGUGGGGAUGUCCUUUCCACCUGUGUACACCGCCUCUCCAGCAUAGUGCUGAGGGAAGAUGGUGCCAGGAAUAUGGACGAAGACAUGCUGGUGAAGUACAUUUUUACCUUGGGAGAUAUAGCCCAGCUCUGUCCAGCCCAAGUGGAAAAGCGAGCCUUCCUCCUGAUUCAGUCCAUUAUAGCUGCUUCUGCCUAUGCCGAUCAUUCACUGGCAUCUGAAGAUAGCAGUGAAGCCCCAGCCUGUCAACCACUAUCCCAGGUUAGAGGUUCUGUCAUGCCUUCUGUGAUCAGAGCACAUGCCAUCAUUACCUUGGGUAAACUGUGCUUACAGCAUGAGGAGCUAGCAAAGAAGAGCAUCCCGGCUCUUGUGCGGGAGCUUGAGGUGUGCAAUGAUGUGGCUGUUCGCAACAAUGUUGUCAUUGUUAUGUGUGACCUUUGUAUCCGGUACACUGUCAUGGUGGACAAGUACAUUCCCAAUAUCUCCAUGUGUCUGAAGGAUGCAGAGCCCUUUAUCCGAAAGCAAACACUCAUCUUGCUUACCAAUCUCUUGCAGGAAGAAUUUGUGAAGUGGAAGGGCUCUCUGUUCUUUCAAUUUGUCAGCACCCUGAUAGACUCACACCCAGACAUCGCCAGUUUCGGGGAGUUUUGUCUGGCUCACCUGCUACUGAAGAGGAGCCCUGCCAUAUUCUUCCAGCACUUCAUUGAGUGUAUUUUCCACUUCAACAACUACGAGAAGCACGAAAAGUACAACAAAUUCCCCCAGUCGGAGAGAGAGAAGAAGCUGUUUUCACUGAAGGGAAAGAUGAACAAGGAGAAACGAAUGAAAAUCUACAGGUUUCUUUUAGAGCACUUCACAGAUGAACAGCGGUUCAAUAUCACUUCCAAAAUCUGCCUUAGUAUUUUAGCCUGCUUUGCCGACGGCAUCCUGCCCCUGGAUAUGGAAGGCAGCGACUUGCUCUCAGACACAUUUGAGGUCCUCAGCUCAAGGGAGAUCAAGCUUUUGGCAAUGAGGUCUAAGCCAGAUAAGGACCUCCUCAUGGAGGAAGAUGACGUGGCCCUGGCGAAUGUAGUCAUGCAGGAGGCCCAGAAAAAGCUCAUCUCACAGGUUCAGAAGAGGAAUUUCAUAGAAAAUAUUAUUCCAAUUAUCAUCACUCUGAAGACUGUGCUAGAGAAAAACAAGAUCCCAGCCUUGCGGGAACUCAUGAACUAUUUGAGGGAGGUGAUGCAGGAUUACCGAGAUGAAAUCAAGGAUUUCUUUGGAGUUGACAAACAGCUGGCGUCGGAACUUGAGUAUGACAUGAAGAAGUACAAUGAACAGCUAACCCAGGAGCAAGAGCUGGCAAAACAAGAUGUGGCUGACGGUACUGUGGGAGCACCAACAGCGCAGGUUGCUCCAAGGUUAGAAAUAAUGCCAGCUCCUGAAAGUGCCACUGUCCUCUCUGCUGCAAGCCUGUCCUCAGCACCCAGGGCGCAUGCCAGCCAAGCACCACCCUUGUUUCUUCCACCUGAAAUGGGGCCAGUGAAGCAGUUAAUGCCCAGAGCCAGGUCAAUGUCCCUGAGUACCAUUGCAAUCCUCAACUCGGUCAAGAAAGCUGUGGAGUCAAAUCACAGGCAUCGGGCUCGGAGUAUGGGCAUGUUUCCCUUCACCCUGAAUUCUGAGAGCCCAGAGAAGACGUGUAAUCGUGCAACUUCAUACAGUUUGGAGCGUGAGUCCAAUGGAGCUACUGACCAUGUAACUAAACGAGCAAUCAGCACCCCUGAAAAGACCAUCAGUGAUGUCACAUUCGGAGCUGGAGUCAGCUACAUAGGCACGCCACGGACGCCUUCUUCAGCCACAGAGAAAACUGAAGCCCAGAGUCAAGGAAAUGACAUUCUGUGUUUAUCCUUGCCUGAGAAGCCGCCUCCACAGCCUCCACAGUGGAAUGUGAAGUCUCUGGCCAGAAAUAAAGACCACCCAGCCCCCAGUAGGAGGUCGCUCCGCAAGAUCCCCUUGAAAACAGCCAACUAGCAACAGCAUGUCAGGAGCGUCCAGGAGGACUGUCGCCUCACCCCCAAGUGCACUUUCAUGGGGGCUGCAGAGCUGUCCCAUGAUUCCAGCACUUGCUAAUCCAGCACCCAUGCUGCUAAAAUUGGUAAAAAAAACUGUAAACCAGAGAAAUGCCUUAGUUAUUUAAUAUAACUUCAUUUCAAAGUAUCAAGUCCAUUCUGACAAACUCUAUUCUGGUCCUUGAGGAACACAUGUCAGCUUCUUUUUAUAUGAAUCAGGCUUCUGUUUGUUAGCUGGGUUUGAAUUCCUUGCAGUGUAUAGUUUCAUGUAUCUAAUGGCAAAAUUUUGAUUGUAAUAUUUUUUUCUAUUCUUAUUUAUGAAUUGCAGACUUUUAAAAAAUGUAUAGCUUUCUAAAAUGGAAUAAUAAAGGUUAAACAUAAAUAUAA